AUGGCCUCCCCCUCGACCAUCACGCGCGCUCAGGUGCACAUCACCACACAUCCCGUGCCGCGCAAACUGGGCGAUAGUAAGCUGGUGCUGGCAGCGCUGCAAAAGUUCGGCGAGGUGGUGACAUUUCGGAACCUGAAGUACGAUGUCUUCAACACGAACCCCAAAAAGGACGAAUCCAUACUCGCCAUCUUCGGCACCCCCGACGCAGCCGAGCGCGCCAUCUCCGCGUCGCCCAUCACCAUCCCGCUCUCGCCGCCAGAGAAAACAUCUCUCUCCUCGCUCUUCUCAUCCCUCAGCACCACCUCCUCUGCGAACACUCCUCCCACAGCGCUAACAUGCACCAUCUCCCCUUCAUACCACAACCACGCGCGCAACCUUCGCCGCAACCCGUUCCACAGCACAUACAACGUCUACAAGAAGAACCCGCACUACGAGGAUCUGACGGGCAAAGAAACCGCGAUCCCGCUACGGGAAUUAGCGGAUGUGCUUGCGAGCAAAAAGUAUUAUAUCUCGAAUGCGGUGAAGGAGAAGAUUGCGGAGAAUUCGAAGGCACUGGGCGCGGGGAGCUUGAUGGGGCUUUGGAGGAAGGGGCAGGGGAUGGACAUUGAGGAACAGGACCAACAGAUGGGGAGGGAGGAUAGGACGCGGGAUAUUGAAAAGGAGCCGAAGAAGGGCGGGAAGGAUAUUGGGUGA